ACAUUGCAAGCGGGCUCUUUGUUUUGGUGUGUAGUUUGGCGUUCGAUUUUGAUUUAUGCCGAAUAAUCCAGUUUCCGGAAAUCAAUCUGCUUCUAAUACGACGUGGAAUUAUUCUGUGUUUCAGUUGGGGGUUCUCACGUAAAAUGGUUUUGCAGAUCGUAUAGUAAUACUCGUAAUAUCAAUUCAGAAUGUUUAUAAAAUAAUCCUGUUUUUUCUUACCAUAUUGCGUGCUACCCUAAAAAUAUAAGGCUUACGAAAUACCAUAUGAUACCGGUGAGUAUUGUUACACCGCAGUCUGUGGGUUCAGUUGAGCAGAUUGGUGAACAUUCCUCGUCUCUGUCUCUACAAAAUAUUCCUGUUCAACAAGAUUCCGUUUCUUACCUAAACUCUCACGCUACUGUACAUAUGAAUGAUGGCCAGAAUGAGUCUAGUAGUAUUUAUCUUACAGACCAAGAGUUACAUCUAGAUUCAUUCUUUCCUAACUCUCCACUGGGCAUCACUAGAGAUCCUCAUUGUGACGAUAAUGGUGAAGAACAAAAUCGUAUAUCUAGUUUUGAACUAAUUAGCCGCUUAAUCGAUGCUGAGGGUCUAAUUGAGUUGGGUUACAUACCGUCAAGUUGUAAUUCAGCUCCAGCGAUUGAUGUAGCCAGUUUAUCAGAUCUGGAAGAAGUGACGUCAAAGACAUUGUUGUGGUCUUCAAAUGGUGAUGAUGUCGAUUCUUUCAAUUUCGAUGACCUAAGUAACAAAAUCAAUGAGAGUAACACCAACAAUGCUGAUACUAAAUUAAGAAGUUGUAACAGCAAGACUUUGGAGCACCGGCCAACUUUGACGUCUGAAUAUAUAUCUGUUGAUUUCAACCCGCUAAACAGUACUAGCGCUUUAGUACCCAUUAUCUCAUUACCAUCUGAUACAAAUUUACAAACUGUACCGUCACUUGAAUCAAGCGAAUAUGAAAAUUUUCAAGCACACUAUAAAACAAAUACUCCUUUAGAUAAUGUUCAAUCACUGCCUUCUAAUACAGUACCUGAUGAUCUUGGACCACUUAACAUUACUUCUUAUUCAAUGGGAUUAGUUGGGGCAGAUAUACCUUCAAUAACACGACCAUCUAUACAUCAAUCUCCUACUGAUCAUCAUGCACCUCAUCCAAUAAUAAAACCUAAUCAUAUACCUUAUUCUUAUUCUCCGUUAACUCCAUUGUCUAGUGUACAAAUUCGCAGAAGUAUACAUGAAAGUAGUUUUGUAAUUGAUAAUCAGGUUUGUCCAAUUGAUAACAUUUGUAAUCAGCAAUUACGGACUGACUCUUUCGUUAAAAAUAAGUAUUCAUCAGAUUAUCAAGAAUAUCCAGGUGCUCCUAAAUGCUUUCCUACAGUUCAAACUCUAGAGUUAUUCACUUCACAUUCAUCUGACUUACCCCAUAGCUCACCAUAUUCUUUGAAGAAUGUUGGGAAAUCACCUAAACAUAUGUCAAAUGACACAAAACCCAUCAGAUAUCCUGAACUUCUACAAAAAGUUGGCGAAAAUUGCAAUUCUAACAUUCCUGGUCCCAAUCUUCCGUUCAUUUCUCAUUCUCCAUAUUCCAGUCGAACUCAGUCUUCAUCUUGUUCGAUUAGACAACAGUUUGCAACUGCUCCGAGUCAUCCACAACUUCAUGUAAGUAUACCUCAGACUACUCAGUCCAUAUAUUCUGUGUUCUCAUGUUCACCAAAUCAAAAGGUCGCAGUAUCUAGUACUGUUAAUUUGCCAUCUAGUGAUUCCGCUUCAACUACAUUGAUAUUCAAUGGAGAUUUCCGAUCACAGCCUGUUAUAAACAGUACUGAUAAUUCAUUUUGGUCCCAUUCUUCAAUCCCCAGUGGAUCCGCAGUCAAUACUCAAAUGAUUACAAAUUGGGAACAUUCAGUACCAUAUCCUACCUAUGUACCCAAUUCUCAGAUAACUGGUUUUCUUCCCGAGAAUACUUCAGUCACUGAUAAAGCAGCGAUUUAUGUUAAAGAUGGAAAUUCAACAGCGGUACAACCAGUCCUCGGAGGUGGAUUGGUUGGCAGUUUCCAGUAUUUGACACCAACUGCUGUUCUCUCAAAACCCAAUUACACCAUUCUAAACGAUCAGUUAACAUUUAAUCAUCCACAAGAAACACUAAUCCAACCAUUUCUAUCACAGAUGAGUGAUCCCAUAAAAACAACACAAAAUCUUAGGAUCCCAUUUUGUCAGGGCACACAGUACCCCUUAACCCCAAGCAUAUCUAUUCCUAUUAAUCCGGAACACUCGUUUGGUCGAUUAGAAAUGAAUACUCAUCGUUAUUCCUCUGGAUCGCCUAAAACAAAUCCAGCCCCGACUUCUAGAUUGUCAUCGUCACGACCAUUUAGUUCUCCCAUGCGUCGUAAUUCUGCUCCUUUUCAAUCGACUUAUCAGAAUCGUAUGAAUUUUCCUGAAACAGCUGGUCAUCAAUCUGAAUGUUCUAUUGUUGUAUCUCAAUUGUCUACUAAGAAAUUAACUACACCGGUUUUGUGUUGUAUAUCAUCCAGUUCAAAUAAUAUCCCAAUAAUAAGUCAACAGUCACCCAAUGGUAAUAAUAAUGUUGUGUUCAAAACUGAUAAUACAAAGCAACAUACUAUUGAUAAAAAUAUUCUAUUAACUAAAACUACUACUGGUAUUGUUCAACCAUCAGAAUUGUGUCAUAUUCAACCGAUUUUAAUUUCAUCUCCGGUUAAAAAUAAUGAUAGUAAUACACAUAAUUUAGGUACUAGUUCUUAUAUUGAUUCAAAUUGUUUAUCAAACCAAUCAAAUAAUGAUAGAUCACAUUCAGUAAUAUCCUCCUCUCCAUUAUUAACAAAUUGUAAUUCACCAUCAACAACAUUACAAUCAUCUACCAUAUGUUGUUUGUUACGGCCAUCGGGACGUUCAACCAGUACAAGCAGUGGAAGUAGUUGUGGUAGUUCCUGUAGUGGUACUAGUGGUGGUGUGUCUGUUUCAUCUGGACAGUAUAUUUGUUCAAUAUGUUCAGAUCGUGCAAGUGGAAAACACUAUGGUGUCUUUUCGUGUGAAGGGUGUAAAGGAUUUUUCAAACGGACUGUACGUAAGGAACUCACUUAUAUUUGUCGAGAUAAUCAAGAAUGUCAGAUUGAUAAGCGACUACGUAAUCGUUGCCAAUAUUGCCGUUAUCAAAAAUGUUUACGGGCGGGAAUGCGACGAGAAGCUGUUCAAGAAGAACGCCAACAACAACAGCUUCAGUCUGAAGUCCAAAGAUCACCAACUCCACCUGAGCAAAAUUGUGACUUAUCAGUUAACUCGAUGAUUAUGUCUGAUACAAAAAUAAGUCAUACAUUGAAUCAUUCAUGUUUAGUUGAAAACCAAGAAGCAAUGUUAAAAACAACUAAUUGUACAUUAUCAUCAUCAUCUAGUCCUCACAUACUUUCGAAAUGCUCAGAUAGUAGUAUAAAUUAUUUGUACUCAGCAUCGAACGAAAAAUCUCAACAACUUCCAAUAAAUGAUAAUUUUAAUCUCACUGUCAAUGACGCUGCAACAUAUCCACCUCAAGAGUUGUCUUUAAUCGUUAAUAAAGAUAGCAACAACGUAACAUUACCUCUGGUAGACAUUCAUACAUUGAAACUCCCAACAACAACACCCGCAGCCAUUCCACCACCACCUGAUGCCUUGGAAUUUAUCAGGACGGCUGAAUCGACUAUUUCAAAUAGACGUAAACAAUGGUUGAGUGCUUACAAUAAACAACAAUGUCAUGCAGAGAUUGCUAAAUGUUUUCAAGACAGUAUGGAAAAUUUCAAGUGGUUAGAAAAUAAUUUUGAGAAGUGUACAACUAAUCAUUUACCACUGCUUGAUUUAGUUAUCUGGUCGUCAAAAAUUCCAUAUAUCUGUCAACUCUCUUGUGGUGUUCACUUAGACCUCCUUAAAUCAGCAUGCAUGCAACUGAUCAUAGUGAAUUUAGUUUAUUGGUUAGCAAACGAUCAUAAACCUCGUUCAUUACCAACAUCAAAUUCUACAUCUAAACUUCCCGAUACUACUACCACUAUUAAUACUGCUUCUACCGCUGCUGUUCCUCCUACUAUUAAUACUACUGAUAUUCCCAAUAUCACUAACGAUCCCCCUGAAAAUUCAGUUUCAUCAACAGUAUCAGAUAUAUCUAAAGACUGUACAAUACAAGUGAAAAAAAUAAACAAAUCUGUUCCAUUGGAUGAGAGAAUGGAUUAUUAUUAUUCGAAUUUCCCAGAAUUUCAUUUAUUAAAUAAUUUAACAAAACCAAUGGAUAAUAAUAAUAACGAUUCAAUUUCUUCAAAACCAACUAACAUUAAUGACGAUAGUUUAGAUGAUAUGAUUCGAAAACGUAAUACAAAUGUUUACAAGCUAAUUUAUAAUUUAGCUAUAAAGCUCAGAAUGUUAAACCUGGAUCCAGUGGAACUGGGUUGUUUAAAAUUGAUUUUACUAUUGAAUCCAGAUUCUCUGACUUGUCUUAAUAAUAUUCGUUCAUCAAUUGAAUUGUUACGUGAUCAAGUUUACGCUGGCCUAGAAUAUUAUUGUAAUCAAGUUUGGCCAAAUGCUCCACAUGGCCGAAUGGGACGUUUAUUAUUGAAAUUAUCCAAUUUUCAAUCAGUUGCUGCACAUAUUGAAAAGUUAACAUGUUCUAAUGAGUUAAAUCAUCUGUUAAAUAAUUUAGAAUCUAUAUUUUCAUAUUUAUCUGUGAAAAAAGUAGACUCUUCAAAUUUUAUCAGUACUACUACUACUACAACGACGAUGACGACGUCGUCUACAACUACCAGUAGUAGUAAUACUAUUCAUCUGGAAUUUUCAUAAAAUAAAUCUAUUUAUAUAUAAUAAAAUAAUCAAAUCACCGAAUUUUAACUGAUUAGCCAAUCUAUCUACCUUCACAGCUUGUAUUCACGGAAAAUUUUCUUCGUAUGAAUUAUGUACAAAAGCAUAAAACAUGUGAAAACGACUGAAUUAGCCUUGUUUAUGAAUUCAUCAUUGUUUUGUUCAUUUUAAUUUUUGCACAUACACAUAUUCAUAUAUAUUUCAAGUGAAUACUUAAUUGGUCUUUAUUAUUAUUAUUAUUUUAAAGAGUUUAGUUCCUGUUUGUUAUUACCUGUGUUUUGUUUCUUCCUCUCUGUCUUGAUUUUUUUCUCUUCCCUGCUUAAAUGUCAUCAUCUCACGCCUACCCUUGUGUAUGAUUAUUUCUUAACUUCUCCUGCGGAAAGUAAACAAAUUUUUAAAGAAACAAAACUAUUCCAUUGUUUUUUUCCUGCAUGACAUAAUUGAAAUGAGUGAAUGCUGUGUUUGUUUAUGUAUGCGUCUGUGUGUGUGUGUGUACAGAAUGAUAUUCCUUCAAUUUUAAAGCUUCCUUGUAUAACUUUAUAUCUUCAAAAAAACAAAAGUUUUUAAGCGUUGGAACAAGAAAAAUAAACAUCUUUUGUGUAUUUUGGCUGUGGUUUAACCUGUUUUUCUUUUAUAUGCGAUUUUUACGCUUUUUUCUUAGAUAGGAAGGGGGCAGCAGCAAAUUAGCUUAUAAUUCAUUCAAGUAUUGUAAUGUGUAGAUUCAAUUUUUUUCUAUUAUAUAUUUCAAUAGUUCUACCUUGCUAUAAUCAUUCUCAGGUAAUGAUGAAACUUUCAAUUGGGAAAAAUUUUAUAAUUAUUUACAGCUAUUUUAUUCCUUCAUUGUUUGAAUUUCUUUUUAUUAAUUAUAUUACUCUCUUAGGUAUUUAACAAUAUUUGACAGAUCUGGAGGGAAGGGGGUUGGUAGUUGUUUUUCUUAUUGUAUGUACUGUGUAUAUUGUUUUCCAUGCCUUUACUUUGAUGGGGGUGGGCAUUACUACACCACCACUUUUUCUCCCUCCACACUUUUAACUAAUUCAUAUAUAUGUAACAAUGUAGUGGUUUCCACUUACUUACUUGCCUACCUCUUAUAAUUUACAAUAUUUAUUUUUCUUCCUAUCCAUAUACCAAUUAUAUGACUGAGAUGUAUGUGUACUAAAUAAUGUAAAGAUUUACGAAGAGGGGAGAGGCGGUAUAAAAAAUACCGGUGGUUUUGACAGUGAUUCUUCAGUAAAAAUGUUGUAAAUUGUCGCUGCGUUAAUGUUACAUUGAAAUCUGUCCCUAUUUUUCUAUACUAAAUGUCUUAGUUAUAAAAUAUAUUAUAUCUGUUUAUAUUAGAGAAUUAGUGGUGGAUUACUUCACUUUUAUGCUGCGAUAUAUGUAUAUUUCUCAGGUAUUCGGUUUAGUUGUUUUAACUUAUUCUCUCCUCAUCUUCCUCAUAUUUUACUUAUCUUACCAUUUAACCGUCAAUCCGUUGUAUGUAUUUUGAUAAAUACAACCGGUUCAUUUAAUAUUCUGUUUUGUUUGUUUGUUUUUCUAAAAAAAAUAAAAACAAUAACGUUUCCCUGUGUCUUUUUCCUAGUUCUAUAUUGAUUAUUUAAUUAUUUACACACAUUUUUUAAAAAGAAAAUCUAUAUACCUCAUAGACAGUAUUUCGUGUCGGGAGUAUAUACAUGUGUGUAUCUGACAUAAAUAGCCUCUUUUGCUUGUAUUUUAUGUAAAACAAAUAUAUUUAAAAGAUUUAGGGUUUCUUUUUAUCUCUAUUUAUAUAUAAUAAUGUAUUACCCCAGUUUAUUCAUUCAUCCCAUUCACCCCACCCAGCUUAUGCUGUGUAUAUUUUAUUUUUAAAUUUGUUUUUUUCCUUUUUUCUAUGCCUUUUUAUGGUAUUUUUUGGUGUUGGUGGUAGUGUUGACUCUUCAGAUGUUUAGUGAAUAUGAUUAAAAGAAAUGUAAACUGUUCAUUGAUAUGAAAUGAAUACAUUGGGAAAAAAGAAGCUUGAAUGACACAUUCACAAUAAUUUUGUUUAUUAUUUACUAAUUAUCAUUACUACUUAAUAACAAUGUUAUUUCUGAGUUUUUGUUAUUGUUGUCUCUUUUUCGGAUUUGAACUCUGAGUGAUAAUGACAGUUAUAAUAUAUAAAUAUACAUAUAUAUAUUAUAGUAAUUAAUAAUAACUAUUUGUUCUUUUUACGAUCUGUAUUUAUCAGUCAAUGUGUUUGUCUUAGAUUAAAUUGAUUGAAGUUUUAUUUCUUUACUCUUGACGAUAAGUUUUGUGAGUACAACCAUAAAUCCUAAAAUGUUUAUUGAUUGGUUUAAGUGUUAUCAAAAUAUAUCCUCAAUAUAUCAAGGUGGACAU